CUUGUAAGUGCAGUGGCACGUAGCCGCCUCGUGCUUCCGUGCUCUCCGUGCUGGCAGCGACGACGACCUCUGGACAUGUCAGCAAAGGAUCAAGAGACCGUGUCCCCGGCAAAUGUGCAACAGGACUUUGUGCCAGUCGACUCAGAGAGAAAAGAAGUUCGCGGAUGGGAUGGCCUCAACUUGAAAGAGAUGUUUGAGAUGCCCGCCGACGUCCAAUACGAGAUACUGGGUGGUCUUCAUCCGCGAGAUCUACUCAGCCUUUCAUGGACAUCAAAAGCAUGCCACGCUGCUCUCUCAACAAAGGACUCAGCAUAUUUAUGGACAGUGACACUCAGAAACGUGCCAGGCGUACCUCCCUGCCCCGACUUGCUCAUUGAGCCCGCGUGGGCUACGCUUCUGUAUUCGCCCCAUUGCACGGGAUGCGGAUAUGAUGGUUCCACUGAAUGGUACUGGGAGUUCUAUGUGCGGUUCUGCGACAAUUGCCGCCAUACUAGGCUCGUCUGGGACCCGCACUAUGACCGUCGUGUCUCCGAGAGACGGAACCUCAGCCUAGACAUUCCAACGAACAUACUCAAUGCGAGACGUGUCCCUCCGAACCCCUACUAUCCGCGUGAACUUCGCAAUGUAUACAUGAAGUCCGAGAUCGACGAUCUCAUAGAUGCUUGGGUGAAGGUGGUCAAGGAAGAUGACGACGAAGCGAUGGCCACCUUAGUUGGCCAACAGUUUGUACGCGUGCGGAAGACUGCGAAGGUAGUAGUGAUUCGCCCUCCUCGUAUCGCUGCGUCGAGACUCACUCAGGACUGUUACGGCACACAGCACGUAGCUCUCUGUGAGAAGUGGGCAGAAGCUGAGUGCGUCGAGCUUCGAAAGGAGCGCCUUCGAGACGUUGUUUCUAGGCUGCGGGAAGUUGGCUGGGGCGACAAGUUGGAUCUCAUGAAAGAAGAUAACUACGCUCCCCUCUCCAAAUUGGCCGAGGUCAACGUGCCCGAGAAGCUGACGGACACAGCUUGGAGUAAUGUCGGUCGAGAGAUAAUCAAGGGUAUGGAAAGCGCUCAAACACGACGUCUCGCACGCGAGUUGGAUGAGAAACUGCACUCGCGGGCGGACAUCAUGGAGUCCACUAUCAAAUCCCUUUUGAGGCGUCCAGAACUAUGGCCUUACCGCGUAGGUUUUGGAGAUAUCGCACGUAUGCCAGAGGUCCGCGAGAUCAUGUGCGCGCCCGACUCGGAGGACAUCGACGCCAAGUUUGCAGCGCUGCCAACACAAUUCGGUGACAUGAUCAGAAGGUGGAAGGCCCAUGUGGACGAUCAGCUGCUCAAUAAGUAUGUCCCGGAUUUUGACGAAUAUGAAUACCCAAGACGCGCGAAGUCGUACAAGAGGCUGCUCUCACUAGAUCUAGCGACAACGCGGUUUCGCUGUGAGAGAUGCGCUGUCGAAUUCGGGUGGGAUUGUGACUUGUACUAUCCUAGCGUCCUGUCGCACGACUGUCUGCAUGGCGAGACCGAAUGGAUGGACGACGAGACAGACACAGUGUACGCCCAUUUCGUCGAGGAAUAUGUUGGUUCGGAGGGGUUCUACACAUACCGCCUUCACGCGGUGCCGCUAACGACUCAGGCUCGCAAGCUAUUCGAGCUUUGUGGCAAGGACACGGACACGGUUACAGCGCAGGAAAUGGAUGCACUUGGUGUGAGGUUCGUGCGGGAUGAGGAGUAUAUUAUGACAUGGCGCGCCGCUACAUCCUCAUCCCAGGGUCCUGACGGGACGUGGCGAAUGGCGACAUCUGGCGAGGCUUCAAAGGCCCAGAAACACGAGCGGAGGAUACAACUAGAAGAAGCAAGAUGGUUCUGCAGAACAUGUGAUGAGCCGCAGCAUGCACGGGGAUGGUAUUGUCGCGAUGCACUUCGACAUCUUGCAACGAUGCAUGGAGGGGUGACUCUCAGCUUAGAGUGCGAGCAUCUGCAAGCAUUACCGGGGUACGAUAAAUCCCAAGAUGACUUCCGAUUCAAGCUGGACUCGCUGGACAGUGACGAGAAGGCCAAGAGGAAAGUCAAGCGCACAACUGCAUCAUCCGAUGUGAAAGGUGGCAGCGGCUCGACCCCAACGCAGCGCAAGGGUGGCGGAAAAGCCCCGUCUACGCGCGGGCGCGGUGGACUCAAAGACAUGCUCGAGAUGCCAAUAGACGUUAUUCACGAAAUCUUGCGGCAUCUUCGCCCACGCGAUCUUCUUAGUCUCUCAUGGUCGUCGAAGUCUGUUCACGCGUUCUUGAUGAAGAAGAGCUCCGCAUAUAUAUGGAAGCUAUCUUUGAAAAACGUGGAAGGGCUACCCUCUUGUCCUGAACAUCUCAUUGAGCCUACCUGGACCUCGUUCCUCUUCGCGAAGCAUUGCAGCGCAUGCGGACAGGCUAACAUUGCAGAUAGUGGCAUAUUAUGGGAAUGCUAUAUGCGUCUCUGCAAAGAUUGCUCUCGUCUGAGCACAAUUGAGUCGAGAGAUGCAGACUUCGAGGACAUACCAAUGGACAUGUUCAACCAGUGCUCCGUCAACAGGCCUCGCGAGAGCAAGGCGCUUUACUUGAAGUCUGAGGUCCAGAAAACCAUGGACACUUGGAACAAAUUGGUCAAGGCAAACAACGAACACGAGUUAGCACUGUUCAUCGGCACAGAGAUACUGCGAGUACGGAAAAUCCAGGAUCACGCAUUGGAAUGCUCGGAGUGGGCCGAGGAGCAAGCCAGAAUGCACAAACAGGAACGAGCUGGGAUCCAAGGGGAUCGGCUUCAAGAAAUCAUGUCCAGAUUGCGUGAUCUCGGAUGGGGACCUGAACUUGAUUUCAUUGAACUCAAUGACUACGACGAGUUUUAUGAACACAAGCACGUUCGGGCGGCCAGGAAGCUCACAGAACGCAGUUGGCAAAACAUAUGCGAACAAAUGGUCAAGUGUAUGGAAGCGGUCCGUGCAAGGCGCCUCGCGCUUGAACUUACGAAGAGACUGAACGGGCGCUGGGAGGCCAUGGAGUGUGCCUUGUCGAUCCUCCAUGAUCAUCAAGAGACACGCAGCCGUGGAUUGAGCCGUGGCGAUAUCGCACUCAUGCCAGAGUUCCGCGAGAUCGUGUGCUCUCUGCCCGGUGUGGAGGUGAACAAGGAAAGCUUCAUGGUGCUGGAAGCGAAUAUCGGGAAGCACGCAGAGCAGCGGUACACGCGCAUGCAAGACUCGCUCCGAGCGCUGCUCGCCCAAUCUGCCAACAAAGACUCAAAUGGAGCAACUACACCUGACGAGGCGGAUGUGGACGCACUGGAGCUCGCAACGACAAUGUUCCGUUGCAAGAUAUGCGCCCAGACCAUUUUCUACUCGCAGGUCAUGAAGCACGGAUGUUUCCGCCGGAAUCCACCUCGGCUGCAAGCGGGAUCAGACGUAUACGUAUACUGGCAGUUCGUCUCGAGGCAAUUCAAAGGCCGUGGCUACGGUACCUCUGAGCAACCCACCAUCACCGAAGGUUUACUCGCUGUAACCAAUCCUCCUGCCGAGGUUGUGCGGCUGAUCGAACUAUGCGGAAAGAACACGCAAACUGUGCGUGCGGAAGAGAUGGAUGCCUUAGAUGUCAGGUUCGUACGAAACGAAAAAGACAGUAUGACCUGGCGUGCUGCGAUGACAUACCGAGACUCCGUGUCCUACUCCAAGAGUUGGCGGCUGGCAAAUGCCGAAGAGCUCGACGAGGCCAAGCAACUCGAAGCAGAGCGUCGAAGGAAUGCCAGUCGGACGGUUGCCACUCUUCCUGCCACGCGCACCUCCAACAGCACACCCCAAUUGCGGGGAGGCUACGGCCGACCCUACACGCUACCCGCAACGGGUUUCGACCGCAAAAGCGGCAGUCGCGACUGCGGGAUGAACCCGUGGAAUGACAGCGACAGCCUAGGAGCAUAGGAUAUGGUGUGGAGUGGGGUCUGGGUCUCUGGCGGUAUGUGGUAUGUCUGGACGUGUUGGGGGAGGGAGGCGGGGGCCUUUGGAAGGGCUCUCGUGAAUUGCAUCAGAUAAGCCGCCAUCCUUCUGCAGGCGGUACUCAAGGCUCCUGGGCUCGCGGGAGCAGCUGGGAGUUUAUGAUGGAAUGGGGUAUCGCACCUCACGUGGCCUGCUAUCAUGAAGACUGGAGCGCUUACCUACGGGGGGUCGCGUCUGGCGCCGACAUCUCGACGCCAGCACUCAACGGUACUGCCCGUCCUCGGACUCAACAAGGCACGAAGGAGAGUAACCCGCAGGGACCCACAAGGGGAAAUGGGGCUCGGGAGGAACGGUCUUAGCGUUCGGUAGUGAUCUAUUAGUGCCUGCAUGUACCUCGGCGUAUGGGCUUUAAACUCGGUGAAUC